AUGUGGUUGCCGACGCCGUCCGUCGAGAGUAUAACGCGGCCACGGCUGGCUGUGGCCGUAGUCUCUGCGGUGGCUGCGCUCUCAGCCGGAUACUACGCAUACCAGGUCCGAUCGCAAAGCUUCGAAACCCUGCCAGGUGGUGGUCUACACAGGAGCAAUGCCGUACGACGUCAACGUCGGAGUCGGAGAACAGAAGACGGCUCAAGCUCAUCGUCGGAGGCUGCGGGAGAUGAGAAUGCCAACGCAGAUACGACUCAGCCUUUAGGCGAUGGCGAGACGAUUGUAGAAGGCGGAGAUGAAUGGUGGAACGACCCGAAUUCUUUCCCUGCGAACCAACGAACUGGACAUAAUAUCGUCACCCUUCUCUUUCGUGUCUCAGAAGAUAAUGCCCGCAGAAACGGAUGCGUCCAUAGGGGUUGCCAGUGUAACUCAUGUGGGAUGGUCCCCAUUCGAGGGGUUCGUUAUCGAUGCGCAAACUGUGCCGACUUUGAUCUGUGCGAAACAUGCGAAGCCCAGGGUGUUCAUAUCAAGACUCAUAUAUUCUACAAGAUCCGGAUCCCAGCACCACCUUUUGGUCCUAGACAGAUGCAAGCGGUCUGGUACACAGGUGAUCCAGAUACUUGCAGACGAACUUUACCCCGCAGUCUCAUACCCAAGCUGUCACAGGAUACCGGUUUCGAGAGGCCAGAGUUGGAAGCAUUUUGGGAACAAUGGACAUUCAUGGCUAACUCAGAAUGGAGGGAUGAUCCUGACGAACUUUGCGUUGCAAUGGAUCGUAAGACGUUCGAGCGAUGCCUCGUUCCUACAGGAGGCUCCCGUCAUGCUGAACCAAACCUUAUUCAUGAUCGAAUGUUUUCCUUUUACGACUCCAAUAACGACGACUUGAUUGGCUUCACCGAGUUUCUUCACGGAUUAUCGUAUCGAAAGCGAAAGGACAAGCUGCGAAAGAUCUUUACUGGCUAUGAUUUGGAUAGCGAUGGAUAUGUUGACCGAAAAGACUUUUUACGCAUGUUCCGCGCAUAUUACGUGCUUUAUAAGCAGAUGCACAAGGACAUUCUAGAUGGUUUACAAGACCAAUUGCUUGCCAGCACCGAAGCCCAGCAACUUGUCACCAGUCGCCAGCCGCUAAGCAGCCUGUUUGGACGAGAAGGUCGAGUCCCUCCUGGCGAAAGCCAGUUCCGCCAUGAAGGCAAGACAUAUCAUCGAGACGGCAGCGUUGACAUCGCUGAUGGAUUUGAGCAUGUCGUUGCGCCAGACCGUGGAGAUACGGCUACGCGAGGAGACAUCUUGACCAACUUAUUCGCUUACGAUACGGAUCGUCGAUUUGGUUCCCGAAGGCAGUUCAUAGCCAGAAAUGACACGGAUAGCAACUGGAGAACGGUGCGUCGAAUAAGUGACAGCGACGUCGACCGCACAUACUGGGUUACCCUUUUGGAACCGCCGUCAACGUUGGAGGAACUUCCAGGGCUCAUUAUGGAUGGUUUAAACCCAGAAAUUGAGGAGCCUUCGGACGACGAUGACGAUGAAGACGAUGCCACUGACGGUAUCAACGGUAUCCGCAAUGGCGACAAUGACACUGGAGGCCCUUCAAGGACGGAAAGUGAAAUGAGAGCAGAGACAAUCGCCAAGGAUCGUAGCCGAGCCCCUAGACUGGAUAAGCGAAAAAGAGACAUGGCCAGGAAACAACUACACGAGCGAUGGCGCAGACGGCAGUUCUAUCUUGACGAAGAAGAGGGUGGCUUUGCGCCAGACGAUUGGGAAGGCAGUGAGGAUAUCCUUAAUGAUUUCCGUCAAGCGGACGAAGGAUCUAGCAAGGAUCACGAACGCCAUUCUACGACACAAAACGGUUCCAAGGCCCGGUUCACCAACGGCGAUAUGUCGGAUGAGGGCUACCAUAACAAGACCACUUCACCCAGUAGUGCUUCCGACGACAUUCCAAGAUGGAGAAUACCCCACGCUGAACGGGACGCGGGCAAGGAGAUCCUUUACCAGGUUACUCAACAGGCCUUCAAUGAAUUACUUGAUACCAUUUUCAAGCCAGCGGAGGAUCUCGCUAUAGAAGCAGCUGAAACAAAAGAUCAGCGACAAAGGUACAAAGAUGUACUAGAUACCAUCGAACUCGGCGACGAUGAGAACGUCAAGCCCACAGGCGAGGGUGACACCAAGGUCAGGUCCGCUACGGAUAAGACACUUGAGGAACUCCUGUCCGAGACUGGAUACACCAUCGCUUUGCCGGAAGGACGAAAUGCCGUGGAAAUCGACACCACAGUCGAGAUCAUCCACGAGGACGGAACAGCAGAACCUGCUCCCAAGCCAGAAACCGAGACAGUCGAGUCAGUCUCUCAGGAUCGUAGCUACGAUCCCACUUUGCCCCAGUACCGGCCCAACACAACACACGAUGCGCCUUCAUCUUCCGCUCGAAUAUACUAUCCAAUUACACAACCUCUCUCUGACAAUUCCGAUGGCGAUAGCUCAAACGAUGAAGAAACAGACAGUGCUCCUACAUCAGACAUGCUACGACAUUGGAAACGUCUGAGUAUCGCAGAAACUCAGGCUUCCAAGAGAGGCGGAUGGGGCAAGCUAAGCUUCGAUGAGUUCGAAGCUAUUUACAAGAGCCAAGAGCAUCAGGGCAACAGACUAGACUAUCUUGGAAGUUGGAUAGACUUUUGUAUUCCUUAG